GAGUUUACCGAGAGCUACAGUGGUUUGAACGCAGGGCCUUCCCCCCGUAUGUGCUUUCGCUCUGCGUAUAUACGGAUGGUUUGUAAAUGGAGUCAAAGAAAUUUUCCAACACACGUCUCACGGAUUUUGCGAAGAAACUGGAUUUUAUAAACUGAGUCGCCAUUUCAAGUCGGCAGAAUGCCGGAUAAGGACACUGAUUUCCUUGGGAUUCUAGGGACAUUAUAGCCAUUAAGACUGGCUCAUUCGGAUUACCCCGAUCGGACUGUUUCUUUGAUCAAGUUGGGUCAUUGUGGAUGAUGGAUGGCCGAGACUUCGGACCCCCCAGAUCUGUUCACGUACCGCCGCCCCAUCUUUCGGGGCUGCCCAUGGAGUCACACCGACUCGGCGCGGCCGCUGCGGCCGGCAGAAUACCACCGUCUCCCGGUCAUCUGGGCGCGGGCCACCCGGCGGCUCUACACACUGGGAAAUAUCUUUCAUCGGCCAUGAACCUACAUUCUCACCACAGUGAUGCCUUCCCAGGUGCCUCGAGCCCAUUCCUUAGCGGAUACGUCAGCGCCUCAAGCGCUCACGGGUCGUCAGAUCCGGCCUUCCGAGCUCCCAACCAAGCCAGCCUGCAAAUGGCCCAACUCUGGGCCUCUCACCCUCAUGAAGGUUUUUCACACUUGCCAAGCAGUUUGUACCCCAGCCCUUACAUUCCCUUGGGCCACCUUGAACAUCCACAGCUCAGCCAACAUGCACUCUUUGACUCCCAAAAAGAGGGGUUUUACCUGCCAGGUUCAGUGCACUCCCAGUCUGCACUGGCCAGGAGCCCAGUGGCUCACAUGCCCUGCUCCUUCUCCAGGGAAAAGGAGGCCCUACCUCCUCACAAAAGCUCUAAAGACUCAAGCAGGGAUCUGGGAAAAGAGAAGCCCUGUAAGAGUGACCUAGGCCACUCCCUCCCAAGGAAGGAACGAGAAAGGCCAAAAGAGGAGCCACGGCCCCACAGCGUGGUGGACCUCACCUUGGAUGUCAAGGCAGAAGAUGAGCGCAGAGCAGGCAACUCAGAAAGGUCUACAAAGACUACGGAGCAUGCUCGGCCUUUCUUUCACCAGCACUCUCCUGCUCUGAGCACCACGGACACUAAGCCCAAACAAUCUCACCAGAGUUUACUUGGCAACUGCGGGACAAGUAGUGGCAUGCCAGCCAGACACCUGAGUACGGAACAGGACAGGAGGGACAGAGACCGGGAUGACGAAAGCAGCCGGCCUGGGGGCAACCUUUCCACUGACAAGCAGAAAAGAUGCGAUUCAGUUGCUACAUCAUCUGGUACGCUGCAUGUGUCGUAUGCCAGUCCCUCUUCCCUGCAGCCGAACCCGUCCCAUCUCCCGUCCCAUCUCCCGCCCAGGCUGGUGUCCUCUGGCACCUACCCUCCCCCUCACCACAUGCCGCCCAACAUGUACCCGCUCUACUCUACAGCGAAAGAGCCAGGAAAAGAACAGAGAGUGAUAGCUCCUACUUAUGUGCCUUCUGUCGAGGUUUACGAUGAGCGAAAAGGGCCAAUUCAAAUUGCCUCCCAAGCUAGAGAUAAUAAAAAUGACAAGAGCAGGGAGAGGGACUCGCACAGAUCAGCCCUGCAGGUGGGGAAUGAUAGAACACAUAUGGACCAUGGUCGUUCCUCCAUUAGGAGUGAAUCGCCCCCUCAUGGGGACGUCAAGAGAGACAUUUUACGAGAGGAAGGCUCGAUAAUUAGGUCAAACGGUUUGGCCAUGAAAAAGCCCUUGCAUUUAGAAAUGUGCUCAAAUAAAUCUGGAAACAGCCCAGAUGCCAGAGACUUAACCAACACUACAUCAAAACACAUGAUCAAAACGGGACUUGAAACGGAAUCCCGCAGCCAAGAGCGGGAUAGGGUUCAAAGGUCUGCCCAUCCAUUCUCUGGAAUGGAUCCAGGAACACUUCACUCGGAGCAGCAUCCGUUGAAGGGUUUGGGUUCUGCUGAGUCCAAAUGGAAGCCUUUCGAGAUGGGCAAUUAUGCUACAAGUCACAUCGCCACAUUGGCGGCCCAACACACCCAUGGCCCCCGAGGUGAGGAAGAGGGCAAGCGAAUGUACCUAGAUACUACUGUCUUGCACAGACCGGUAGGCAGUGGCAGAAGUCCUGAGGGCCAAAGGGAGGUUUCAGCCAUGCAGAGCCUCAUAAAGUACAGUGGCAACUUUUCCAACGAAUCUGGCUCCAGGCACGGAUCCGAUAGCCAUAGUCCAUUUGGAGGACUGGGCAGCAUGAAGCUGGAGUCUGGUUAUCCCGGAGUGUCUAGAGUUAAGCACCUUCCACCCCAGCAGCCUGGAAAGCAGUUGAAGAAGGAGCCUGAGAGACCAGAGAGUGCUAAAUCCUUUGGCAGAGACGGAAGCUCUUCUCAGGGUGAAGCAGAGGUUCGUCAUCCCCCCGUGGGCAUAGCGGUCGCUGUUGCCCGUCAGAGGGACAACAGCAGCAAGCACAGCUCUGUAUCAGACAGGGACAGGCCAAUUGGAGGAGCCAUCAAAGGCCCAAUCCACACAGUAGAAGAACAAGGGGAUGAAAGGACACGUCACCGUGAUGAGCGCCUGCUGUCGGGACGUGUGGAGCGUGAGCAGGAGAAAGUAUUAAGAGAGAAUAAAGAGUUGGCAGACUACACUCAGAUGCAUCCAUCUAUGGUGUCUGCUAGUGGACUGAACCCCAACCUGAUGGUGACUGGUGGACCGACUCUGGCUGGUGCGGGCCGCUGGCCUGCUGACCCCGCCUCCCACCUGGCCUCCCACCCGUGGCUGCCCCGACCAGGAGCCCCCUCCAUGUGGUUGUCUGGCUCUCCAUAUGGACUGGGUCCCCCUUCCCUUCAUCAGACGCUGCCUCCAGGAUAUCCUCCGGCCUUGACAGGUUCUAUCCCCCCACCUUACCAGUUUGCCCGAGAUCCACAGACCGGACAGGUGGUUGUUAUUCAGACAGAGCAUCUGCCACACUAUGCUGAGAUGUUAGAGCGAGGCCCCCCGCUGUGGUCAGCCAUGUACCCGCCGGCAGGAAGCUCUCUGCAGCAUGCCCAUCAGCUCCAGCUCCUCUCCCACCAGCAGCUCCUGCGGCAACAGGAGCUUUACAUGAUCCAGCAUCAGACCGCACAGGUCAUGGAACUGCAGAGGAACGCACAGUUAGUGGAGAGAUUAAAUGCAAGCCACUCUAGGACCGAUUUGGAUGAAAAACCAGAAAAGAGAGGAAGUGAAGGGGCCAAAUCCAGUCUCUCGGGCAUCCCCACUCAAGCUCUGCACUCACGCAAGCCUCCCCCACGCUCUCCAACCCCCUCCACCUCGUAUAGAAAAGCCCUGACGCCGCUGCCCGUCCCACCGUUGCCUUCACCUGUCACUGCACUGAAGUCUGAGGAGAGACCCAAAGUGGAGAAGUCCCUCCCUCAACAGCCCUACUCCCAUCCAUCAUCUCCUGUCCCUCAUUCAGUCAGCCCCGUAUCGGCAUCGCCUCUUCCCACAUCCCCCAUCCAGACCAAGGAGGAAUCUGUGGAAGUGCCUGAGAAAGAAACACUCAGUCUACUGAAGCAAACUUCUACUCCGUUCCCAUCUAUGUACCAUGCAGAAAUUCCUCCUGGUUACCCAUACCAAUCGAUAACCGCACCGUUCGGCAGCCAUUACCCCUACCUCCUCCAGCCAGCCGCUGCCGCAGACGCUGACGGCCUGGCACCAGAUGUGCCAUUGCCGGCUGAGACAUCCGAGCACUUGGCGACCACCGCAGAUGUCAAACCCCAGCACUUGUGUUCUCCAGUGGUCGUGGAGUCACUUCAGGCAUCCAGAGAGAAAGAGUCAAUGGAUGAGGGCAGCAUUGUGUUAAAAAAAGAGCCAAACCUGGAAGACAACAAAGACGUCCUGAGCCAGGACAGCCUAAGGCUUGCACCCAUCACCACCCAAGACCCUAGAACCCCCACAGAAGCCGAAACCCGCCCUAGACCCACAGCCACACCAUUACCAGAGGAUAAACAAGACCUGGGAGAUGGGGAGGCUGUCAAAAUCGAAGCUGCCACCUCAAGCCAUCCAGAUGUUGAAAGAACAUCCAGAGCAGAAACUGCAGAGGACUCGAUAGGUCUGGUAGACCAAGUUUACAAAUCUUCAUCAAGUUACAGUGACACACACCUCGUGGCUUGUGACAUCCAGCCAGCAAAUCCCUUGGAUCUCUCGGAUAGUUUGAACCCAGUAGACCUCAGAGAUCCUGUCCCUGACACUCCACACCUGGAAUCCAAACUUGACAAUCUUUUCCUGCCUAACAGCAGCCCUCCUCACCUUCAGCCCUCUUCCAUACCGGUGGCCAUCCUGCCUGAAGAUCCCAUGGCAGGCAUGUUCGCCCUGGUCACGGCCAGCGAGCUUCCGCAGGCCGGAGCAGUGUCCAUCCUGGCAGAUGCGUGUCGCUCUAGGUCUGAGCUCUGCAAGGACGUCAGUCCCCUAGAGUCCACUGCUCUGGAAGGCAUGGCCCUGCUUAGCCAGAUGGCGGAGCUGGAGAUGCAGAGGCAACCCAGAGAUGACACACAGGCUGUAAUUCUCUGUGGGCUGGACAGUCUGCUGGAAGCUGGCAGGCAGGUUCUCCUGGAGGCCAUCGAGUGUCAGCCUCAGAUUAUCAUCCGCCUCCCCCGAGAGCUCAACCCCAAUAAGAAAUACAGCUGGAGACAGAAGAAAGAUGAACCUAUGUUCUCCAAAUCCUCUUUGGAGGGAAUGGACACUGUAGAAGUGGACUACCGGGUGAGACUUGCUGAGCUGCAGCAGCGCUACAAAGACAAGCAACGAGAUCUUGUCAAACUGCAGAGACGGAGAGACAAAGAAGAAAAACGUCAGCAGCAGCAACAACAACAGAUCCAGCAGCAAGAGAGGAACAGAAGUUUAGCCCGCAGGGGCCCGGGGCGUCCCCGAAAGAGGAAACAUGCCCUGUGUGCAUUGUCUCCACCUCUCAGCAAGCUGGAUUCGAAGUGUGCAAAGUUGGGCAGAAGCGUGUUGUACUCGGAGGACUCUGAGAGUGGGGAGGUGCUGAGGAAGCGCUUUCGGGCCUCUAACAGAGAUGAGGAGGAGGAGGAAGAUAGUGCGCUGAGAUUGAAGAAGAAAAAAAAGAGCUGGGGCGAGCAGGAGGCAUCUUCAAGCUAUCCUCACGAGGCACCUAAAAUGGUCGGAAAGAAGAGCAGAGUGAGUGAGCAGGAGCAGUUGGCAUCCAAACUCGACAAGGCCUUGUCUCUCACUAAGCUCGGUAAACUCAGCAAGUCCUCUUGUAAGUUCAUAGAGGGUUCCUCAGGGAAGUCCAGGGCAAGCUCUGGAAGCAGAGUCCCCAUGCUCACCGAUUUAGACAUGAGAGUCAAGAUGGGAAAAUCCAACCUGUCAAAAGAUCUCAGCAUCUUUCACAAGUCUUCCAAAGGAGGUAAAAGCAAAAUGGCUGCCAAAACGAAACCUUCAGAUCCAUGCCUUAAGGGAAAAGGCCAGCGGAAAGCACCUUAUUCUCCAAUGAGGUCAGAAAUCAGCAGCUACUCUAACAACACGGAUUCAGAAGAGGAAGAUUCCCUGAAGGAUGGCUGGCCUCCCAGCUCCUUAUUGGGGAGAACGGCGUCACGUCCACAGCUCCCCGGCCUGUGCAGCACUCCGACCAAGAAAAAGCGCUCAUCGUCCAAGAGAGCCUCUUCAUCACUCAAGUCCAAGCAGGCGGCCAAAGAGAGGAAACAUAAGCACUUUGCUUUAUUGCUACAGGAGGCAGGAGUCAGCUCCUCCGAGGACUCAUUUGACCAAGAGUAUUUCACCGAGCGGGAUGAUUAUGAGGAUGAUGAUGACGAGGAUGAAGAUGGGUACGAUUAUGAGCUUGAUGAAAGCGACGGCCUGUGUUCGUCAUCCGUGGAAGAGAGUGGGCUGGGUCUUCUGGCCCGCUUUGCCGCCAGCGCUAUCCCGAGCCCCAUUGUCACCAAUCCGCUCUCCAUUGUCCAACUGGAGGCUAAACAGAAAGCCAAGAAGAAAGAGGAACGUCAGAGUCUACUGGGUACAGAGUUUGAGUUUACAGAUUCGGAGAGCGACGUCAAAAUGAGAAAGAAGUUUCCGUCACUGUUGCACGGCAAGCGGUCGGCUCCUGAGCUCCCUCUCUUGCCGCCCGCGAGCGUCAGGCAUGACGACUCCAGCCCCAGCAAGCGUGGACGCAAACCGAAGAAACCCAAGUCUCCGCGGGAGUUCAGUUUCGACCUCACCGCCGACGGGAGCGAAGACGAACAGUGGACACGGCGGAGGAGUGAGCGCAUCUUCCUCCAUGAUGCUGCCCAAGCCACCCCCAUCUCCCCAUCUGGAAAAACUCCUCUUCCGCUCACUCCCAAACCUGCCCGUGGCCCCAAAGCGUCUCCGCAAAGCCCCAAAGAGCUGACCAAAGCCAAGGAGGUGAAAGACCCCAACAAGAAGAAGAGGAUUAAGGAGACCCCCUUGUGUCUGCCCCCACCCCAGCUCUCGAGCACACCCUCGGAAAGUGCCGGAGCCGUGCCUGUCAGCCCAGGCCGCAAGGGCAAGGUGAAGGCCAAAUCCAGAGAGCAGGCUCGAGGGAAGGGCGGUGCUGUCAGUAAACUGAUGGAAAGUAUGGCUGCUGAUGAGGACUUUGAGCCCAACCAGGACAGCAGCUUCUCAGAGGAUGAGAAUCCCCCUGUGAGUGCUCAGCCCGAAAGACCCUGCACCCCUGCCCCUCGGAACUGUGUCAUUAACAAAGAUGAACUGCAGGAUGGAUUACGGGUCCUCAUCCCUAUGGAUGACAAACUCCUGUAUGCCGGCCACGUCAGCACGGUUCACUCUCCUGACAUAUACAGCGUGGUGGUGGAGGGCGAGAGGGGGAACAGGCCACAUAUCUACUGCCUGGAGCAACUGCUACAGGAGGCGAUUAUUGAUGUGAAACCCCCCUCUGUCAGAUACCUUCCCCAGGGGACCCGGAUCGCUGCCUACUGGAGCCAGCAGUACCGUUGCCUCUACCCUGGCACGGUCGUCAGAGGGAGUCCAGACAUGGAAGACGUGGACGAUUUGAUUACAGUGGAGUUUGACGAUGGAGACACCGGCCGAAUCCCUCUCUCUCAUAUUAGACUUCUGCCGGCGGACUACAAGAUUCAGUGUGCGGAACCGUCCCCUGCCCUCCUCGUGGCCAGCACCAAACGGCGAGGAAGGAAGUGCAGUAAGGAUGUACCUGAUGGAAAAGAAAUGCCACCCAAAAACACAGAGGAGUCUGCUCCAAAAAGUAGAGGCAGAGGAAGAAAACCCAAACCUAAGCCUGAGCCUGAAGUCGCUCCAAAGGAGCAUGAAAAGCCUGACACACCAACCCUGACGCAGGUCCCUGAGAGGCCCCUGUCCAGCCAGAAAAGCGGCCCACGGCCAGGUAGAAAAAUUAAGCGAGUCGGCACAGCCAGCCCCUCCAUUCCCAAAUCUAAUGAAAGCCAGAAGAAAACCGCAGGAAUCAAGCCCCCAGCCAAAGUGCGUUCCCAGCCCCAGUCUGUCUACUCGCAGCCACUCUAUGGAAAAGUUCUGUCUGUGGAUCUCUAUAAUGAGCCCUCCACUUCUCUGGCCUCCUUUAUAUCCAACAAUGAGACUCUGAGUCCCGCAGGGAAAGGAAAGCCGGUCAAACGCUUGCGAAAGCCUGAAGAGGAGGCAUCUGGGUUUGGUGUGAAAAUGCAGCGCAAGCAGCCUCAGACUGAGAUCCUUAUCAAGCUGGACCAUGAGGGAGUCAUGUCACCCAAAACCAAAAAGACCAAAGCCCUGAUGAUGAUGGAGGGCCAGAACCUGUCCAAAAGAGAGAAUAAGUCUGUGUUGGGUGUCAGCUACACUACGAUAUCCACUGCUGACAAAGCACUGAAGGCUAAAAACAAGGCGGUUGAGGCAGAGACGCCUACUGCUGAGAGCGUGGCCACCUACAGCGUUCGUAAGCUGGGGAGCGGCAGCGAAGGUCUGAUUAAGGUAAGCAACUCAGGGGAAAAGGAAAAGAAGGAACUGGAGUGUCCCAACUGCAGUAGCAGUAGCAGCAGCAGUUCGGAGUCAGACGGAGAGGAGGAGCGAGGGACCUCGCAGGACAAGAAGCCCAAACAAGACUCAACCAGCUCCAAUAGCUCGCGGGCAUCAAGUCCCACCUCUUCCAGCUCAUCCACAAGCAGUUCCUCAUCCUCGGCUGGGUCCCACUCCUCCUCAUCAUCAUCAUCAUCCUCCACCACCAGUGAUGAAGAAUCCUCCUGUAGCUCAGAUGAAGAACCGGUCGCUGGUUCUCAACCAUCCCCUGCCACAGAACAUGCGCCACCUCAAGAGGAGGAAGAGGAGAAGGCCAAGGUGAAAACAGAGCCUGCUGCCAGCAUCCAGAAGCUCCAGAAGCAGCAGGCAUCUGCCACUCAGCAGCAGAAGCCCCAGAAAGAGCAGAAGGUCAAGCAGGGUGUCGGUCGCCCCAAGAGACGAGAGGGAGUCCACCUCCCAACAACUAAGGAGCUGGCAAAAAGACAGAGGCUACCCUCCGUCGAGAACAGACCCAAGAUCUCAGCUUUUCUUCCUGCCAGACAGUUGUGGAAGUGGUUUGGAAAGCCUACUCAGAGGCGGGGAAUGAAAGGGAAGGCAAAGAAGCUUUUCUACAAAGCCAUAAUGCGUGGGAAGGAAAUGAUCCGUAUUGGAGACUGUGCUGUUUUCCUGUCUGCUGGACGACCCAACCUCCCGUUUAUUGGACACAUCCAGAGCAUGUGGGAGUCCUGGGGAAACAACAUGGUGGUCCGUGUCAAAUGGUUCUAUCAUCCAGAGGAAACCAACCCUGGGAAGAAACUUCAUGACAAAAAGAACUGGGAUCAAAUGUCCGGCCAAAGUCUUCCUGCUGUCCUGCAUGCUUCCAAUCAGAGGAAAGACUUCAUGGAGCGGGCACUGUACCAGUCCUCUCACAUUGAUGAGAAUGACGUCCAAACAAUUUCUCAUAAAUGUCUGGUGGUCAGCCUUGAGCAAUAUGAGCAGAUGAUUAAAACUAAGAAGUACCAGGACAGCGAAGACCUCUACUACCUGGCCGGGACUUAUGAACCCACCACUGGAAUGAUAUUCAACACGGAUGGGGUCCCAGUAAUCUGCUGAGAAUCAACAAGUGAGACGUGUGGAACAAAACCAAUGAGACAAAAGGGCUAGACAGAGGUGUUGGCUUUACCCAAAGCCUGACUAAUCAAUCAAGUAUGGAAAAACGUCCUGACAGAGACACAAGCAUCAGUUGAGAUCAGAGAAUACUUCAACAGAUGUCAUGUUUGCACACCAUUUCAUACACAUCAAGUCAAUGGUGUUGGAUUCAAUUGUUUGGUCUCUUAUUGGAGCAACCCUAAACUUGUUUUGACCCAAGUGAUUGCAGUGGACUCCAGUCGAAGAAUUAAACGUGUCAAAGAUGGUGAAGGCACGUCAAAAACGUCUUAAAGGUCAACUGCAUCUGAUCUGCUGAGCCCAGCCAUCACCGAUGCAUCUGGAAUGGAGGUGACACCACUUCUGCAGGACUUGUUCUCCGGGUGAGAAGGCCUGCUAGGAACCCGCUUCCUUGGCCGUGGGACCAACAACAGAAAGAGUAAUUGAAGCUGACAGAAUGCAUCACACUUCUGUCCAGUUACUACUGGUAGACCCCUGCCGGAUCUUCAAGGGCUGGCUAAUGAACUUGAACAGGGAAAAACGAAACCAGACGCAAAGCUGCGGCCCGUGUGAGAAGCACUUAAAAGAAUGGACAGAACUGGGGUCUGUGAGCCUGCAAGGACCGUUUAUUAAUAGGAAAGUGUGAGUCACGCUUCCACUGAGCGGCCCAGAAGAUCUAUCCGAGUAUUUAUAUGCGAUCCUCAUCCCUCAGCUGCGGCGACAGAAAGGUUUCUUUUUACGAGUGAAGGGCUCUACUGGGAUGGAAACAGAAGCAGAUGAUACCCGUUUGUAAAUACAUGCAUACGAGCUAUAUAUGAUAUGGACAAAAAUAUUUUAUUUUCGUGUACCAUAGAUUUAUGUGACAGUAAUUUUUUUAAAGCAGCAAAAGAUGGAAAAAAAAGAAAAAGCUUUAAUAAACUGUGAAUAAAGUUUAAAACGUUAACGAAUAUCAGGAACUAGUUUUAAGAGUACAGAUCUUGCAAGUCUUUACUGGAAUCUUACGCGCCCACUACAUUGACAACGUAAUGUAAUCUUGAUAUCAAAACUACUAUUACAGGACAAAUGGUUUGUAGGAUUUGACUUGAGUGUUCAAAGCCAGUCGUCCCAUAAUAAUGCAGUUUUACAACAAAAAGCACUUAAAUUCUGCCCUUGGUCUUACACAGGACAGACUUCCCUUGACAAUCCCCUGUUCAGGUGGACGUGAAGCGUUUUAGUUCUCUCAUUGCUUCUCAGGGUUAGUGAGAGAUGGAGAGUUUAAAAGCUACGCUUGCUCAUCAUGUCUGUUCUACUCGACUGUCCCUUUUUUCUAGAAUCGCCCCCACAGAAAGCAAUUACAUCUCAUGCAUGAAAGCACUUUCUUCGAAUAAACGAAUAGCAGCGGUGCAGGUGGCGUUAUCUGUUAGCGCUGAAAGUUGAAAGCUGAAAUGUUUUUUGCCUUUCUCACGUCUGCGUUUUUCUCCAUGUCGACUUUUUACUCUCCGUUAUUCCAAGCCGUUCUUUGGUUCGUUCUUAAUAGCCUUAACCUUGGUCCCUAAAAGCCGCCGUAUACCGGCAGAAUCAAAGUCUGAAUGUUGUCUUUGAAAAUGGGUCCUAUUGAUUGAUAUUGUGCUCCUGAGAAAGUGCCAUCAGUCAUCAGAGGCUGUUAGGAGCGGGCUAUGUAUUCGCUGCUUCUCUAAUCAAGACCAGUGAAAUGUAUUUGAUUUAUGGCGUCCUCGCAUGGAUGAAGAGACUAGCGAACACCUUAUUUGCUUAAUUGUAAUUAUGGUUCUUAUUUGUGCCUCGUUUUUAUGGUUCAAAGGGGGUAUGAAUGUUUUCUCUUUUCUUUUUGAGGUUCGACACGUGUUAGUCAAGUACACGUGUUGUUUUAUGCUGUAAGGAAAUCAGUUUCCUUUUAAAAAAUGUCUUUGUAUAUCUUUAAGUAAUGAAAGAAAAACAAUUAAAUCUGUACUGACUUUUUUUUUUUUUGAACAAUUAUGGUUAUCAAGAAAACAUGAGGUUAGUGGCUACAUUUUUUUUCUUCCUUUAGUUGCCCAGCCAAAAUUUUUCAACUGUUAUUCUUUCUACCUCCCACGUUGGUUCAACGUUUCAACAUUUUUGUUUGAUAUUUUCUCUUGGUGGUAUUAUUAUACGUAAUGCACAUGGGCUUUUAAACCAUUGCCUGUUUUUAAUUAUUUUGCCAUGAUGAAUACCCUCUGUGAAUGAUGUUGAUUUGAUACUUAAUGAUUCUUUCUGUCGUUUUGUUUUGUUUUUUCCCCCGUUCUUUGAGGGAGGAUAGUGAGAUCAAGAAGGGUAUGGACACUAGAGCCUUCCAGUCUUUGCGAUUGGGAAAAUAUUUGGCCUACUCAGUAUUUCGGAAAUUUCUUUAUAUUAUAGAAAUGUUGACACUAUUACGUAUAGUAGAGCGGUCUGAAAUGUCUGAAAUAUAUAUAUUUUUUUUCAUGUAAGUUUCAUAUUACAUUGCCCAGUCUCUCUUAAAGAGAUAUUAUCUUGUUGAUAUUCAAUAGGUUGUAUUUCUUAACAUGUUUUAUCAUUGUGUGUGUGUGUGUGUGUGUGUAGUUUUGAGGCUUAAAACGACAUUCAGCCUAUUCCGGUUUAGACUGUUUUUCUAAGUCACCUAAUUUGGUUGAGGAUUUUACACAUACCCAAAGCUAAUUCAAAUGCCAAAUGAUCUUCAAAUGCACAGUGAAUCUGAAGCAACAUUAAGUAAGCUCUUUUUGAUUUGACACAGUCUUUUGUGUCAGAGAUUUUUUGCCUGUUUAUCGAGUUGUACAAUUUAAGUGCCCCUCAAAACAAAAAGUUUACUCUGAGCUUGAGUCAAGCUGUAAAGCACUUUUUAGAGUAUUUUUGUCUGCAUGUUUUAGAAACCGCAUAUAUGCUUCUAGGAAUAAUAUUAGAGCUAUCUACAAAAGUAUAUUUUGCUUAUUGUGACGUAAUGUAACGUGAAUGGAGGUCUUGAGUCCAUUCCUUCCCCAAGGGGUCACUGUAUGAGACGGUGGCCUCUGUUGGUAGCAGUCAUGUGGGAUGAAUCGCUCAUGUCCUCUGCUACUCGUCCAGGGUCUGUUUGAGUGUAUCUUAUGACGUAUAAGGUUUAACUGGCUUGUUAUAAAACCGCGUAUAGCCGAGUAGAAGCGUAAUAGAGUUCACCGUUUGCAUGAUUCUGUUCAACAUUUUCCUUUUUUUUUCCCUUUCUUUCUUUAUGACAUUCCCCCUCUCUGAACAAUCGUCCUCCAUGCUUAAUGUGCAAUACUGCUGAAUUUGGAUUCUGUGAGGUAGCUGCUAGUGAGGGAAGGAACGUGUUCAUGAAUGUGGGAGAUGAGAGAGAGAGUUAGUGUGGACUGGAGGCUGGUCCUUCGCUGGUCUUCAUCUGCUGUUCCUUCAGCAUUGGUAUGGUCCUGUUACAAAAUAAAAUAAUAAUAAAAAUUUAAAAAGCUAUAGUUUUGAACUUAUUAUUUGAAAUUUUAAAGCAUCAAAGUUUUGUAAAUGAUCCUUUGAGAGGGGGAGAUGAAUACGGAUAUACUUUGUACACAUUUAAUCUUGUAAAAAAAAAAUUACAAUUUUUUUUAAACUGAAACCAAUGUUAAAGAUUGCUGUUGACUUGUGUAUGUAAACCUAAUGGGAUUGGAUUUUUUUUUUACAGAUGCAACCAGCAUUAUCAGUGUUUUUCAAUUCUUUUAGUAUCUCAGUAUUUUCUAGUUCAUCAAUAAAUGUCAUGAAAUGGAA